AUGAGUCCUCAAGGCGUAACCCGCAAAAGACCUGCUCCUGGCACACCCCCUCUCGUCCAUCCGCAGAUAGGCCCAGCGUCCAACUAUCCUGCGCCGAACCCCGGCACCCAGCUCUCGAAUGAUCAGUUCUUACAAUGGGGCCAGAAUCCUCCCACGGUCAUGACACCUCCCUACACUGAUGUCGGCUCCUACAACCUGCCGGCCUACUCGACAAAUCAAGAAAUCCAGGGAAGUGCGCCCGCUGCAUCAACCCAGAUCGCUCGUAGACAGCUGCCGAAUCAACUCGUCAAUAGAGGUCGGGGAUAUGAACAGACGACGGCGAACUACCCUGAACAUGGAGUUACUGGAGGAGAAGCAGGAGCAUGGGGGGAAAGUCUCGACGAGCUGUAUCGGCGCGCAAUGGUUGCGAAGAGGGAGGCGCAGGCCAAACGAAAACAGAUCCCGCCCUUUGUACAAAAGCUGAGCAGUUUCCUGGACGAGUCAAAGAAUACAGAUCUCAUACGAUGGUCUGACGAUGGGAAUUCUUUCAUCGUGCUUGACGAAGACGAAUUUGCCAAAACAUUGAUACCGGAACUCUUCAAGCAUAACAAUUACGCUUCGUUUGUUCGCCAACUGAACAUGUACGGAUUCCAUAAGAAGGUGGGGCUCUCCGACAAUUCAAUGCGAGCCAGUGAGAGAAAAAACAAGAGCCCCAGCGAAUACGCAAAUCCCUAUUUCAAGCGCGGCCACCCGGAUCUGCUCUGGUUGAUCCAGAAGCCCAAGAACACGGCAGGCCAAGGGAGCAAGACCGGGAAAGGGAAUGUGCGGGUCAAAACCGAGGAGGUGGAUGACAACGAGGGGGAUGAAUAUGGUGAAGAUGGUGCGUCCCGGGAUGACCGUAACCGCAGUCGCCAACUUUCUCUAGUACCCGGGAGUCUGAUGCCCAAGGAUCAACUUGCCGGUGUCUAUCGCGAGUUGCAAGCCAUUCGUCAGCAGCAGCAGAUCAUCUCCAACACCAUCAGCAAGUUAAGGCGAGAGCAUGAGCAGCUGUACGCGCAGGCGGCCAAUUUCCAGGAACAGCAUAACCGCCAUGAAAACUCCAUCAAUGCCAUCCUGACUUUCUUGGCGACGGUAUACAAUCGCAGUCUCCAGGGCUCCGACGGCACGCAGAACCUUGCCAAUUCGUUUGCUGGCGUCAUCUCUCAGGAUCAAGGUAACGUCGUCGAUAUGGGGGAUAACUUCCCGCUGAGCGCGCUAGGUGCUGCCAACAUGAAUAGUCCUAGCACACAACGGACACUAAAGAAGCAGCCGUUGCUGCUGAAGGCGCCCCCCGUGCCGGAACGCCAUGGCCGCGCGACCACGUUGUCCCCCGCAGCCAGUUCCUACGACCGCUCACAGUCUCGCAAUCACAGCCGACAACCCAGUGUUGCCCAGCCUGGCCAUGUCGAAGAGGUCUUCGAGACCAGUCCUCGACCCAAGGGCACACCGCCAUCGCAAACCCAGCAACACCCACAGCGGGAUAUCAUGUCUGCGAUCCAUAAUUCCAAUGCGCAGAAUGGUAUCCCGACGACAUUUGCCGAUUUCCCCAAUGUGCUCUCCUCUCUUGAGACGUCUGGUGGUAAUUCUCCGCUCACCCCUAAUCAGCGCGCCGAUAUGCUCCGGCUCAUGGCCAACGAGACUCAUAACGACGCAAAUAUUCCCGUUCCGACGAACAGCGCUCUAAUCACCCCGACCCCUCCACCCAUGCCGCUUAAUUAUUCCGGCCGCCUUGCAAAUACCCGCGCCGAGAUAGAUAACCUCAUGAAGAUGCAAGCCGAACAAGAUCGCUCUGUGCAAAACUUGACCAACCUUCUGCAGCCUUUGAGUCCCAACGGAUCCAUUCCCGGCAUUGCAUCGGAAAAUGGAGGCGUGCCCCCUCCCCCACUUGACCUUGACGCAUUAUUCAAUAACGACUACUUCACCGAUAUUGGAGACCUUGAGCACAAUAAGAACAACCUAAACUUCGGUGACUCGACCAGCUCAGUUCCACCGGCCGUCCCAGCUGAGCCUCCCGUUCCCACCGGUGUGGACGACCUGAAAGAUGGAAGUGAUUUGUUCGACUUUGACCAAAUCCCUGCGGAAGCAGAUCUCUUUGAUCCCCCAGCCGCGCCUGACCAGACUACCGGAUUCUUCCAUGGCUACGACGGUACUGGCUACAGUCCCAUUGGCGGUGCAAGCCCGCAGCUGCCGAUCGGCAACAAGAAUCACAAUAUGGACUCCGGCCGGAUUGUCGAAACGAUCACUGACAGUGAGGCAACCAGUCCUAGCGGCACUGUGGACGAAGCCCCCCAAUACAAUGGUGCGAGCGGGGCUAGUGAUUCUCAGGGAGGUAAGGGAUAUGGCGGCAAUGCAAAGCGACGCAGGAAAGCUUGA